CGCUCCGGCCCCGCUCCGCCGGCCCCGCUCCACCGGCCCCUUCCGACCCUUCCGCUCCUCUCCUCUCGGCCCCGCUCCUCCCCGGCCCCCCGAGCAGCCGCCGGUGCCCGGGAUGAGCCGCCCGCGCCGGCCUCAGGGCCGGGCUCGCCGAGCGGAGCCGCGCGGGAUGGGAUCGCUCCAGCUCUGAGCCGCGCCGCCCCUCCUCGGCCAUGGGCGACUCUGCCGCAGCCCCUCCCCUCGGGAAAAGCCCCCCGGAGCCGGCGAAUUCCCAAGGGAACAGCGGGGGGGGCUCUUCCCUGAGCGUCAUCACGGAAGGCGUGGGCGAGCUGGCCCUCAUCGACCCUGAGGUGGCCAAGAAAGCCUGCGAGGAAGUCCUGGAGAAGGUCAAGCAGCUCCACGGAGCCGACGGAAUUCCCAACGGAGAGAGCUGCCAGAUCCGCUGCUUGGACGACCCGCCGGGAUCCCGGAUCCAGGAGGAGGAGGAGGAGAGCUCCAACACGGUGAGGACGGCGCGGAAGCGGCAGAACCAGGCCAAGCAGUCGUGGCUGCUCCGCCUCUUCGAGUCCAAGCUCUUCGACAUCUCCAUGGCCAUCUCCUACCUGUACAACUCCAAGGAGCCCGGAGUCCAGGCGUACAUCGGGAACCGGCUGUUCUGCUUCCGCAACGAGGAGGUGGAUUUCUACCUGCCGCAGCUCCUCAACAUGUACAUCCACAUGGACGAGGACGUGGGCGACGCCAUCAAGCCCUACAUCGUGCACCGCUGCCGCCAGAGCGUCGACUUCUCGCUGCAGUGCGCGCUGCUGCUCGGCGCCUACUCCUCGGACAUGCACAUCUCCACGCAGCGCCAUUCCCGCGGAACCAAGCUCCGCAGGCUCAUCCUUUCCGACGAGCUGAAGCCGGCGGCGAGGAAGAGGGAGCUGGGCGGCGCCGUUCCCGCUGCCGGGCCCGACACGGGGCUGUCCCCUUCCAAACGGACUCACCAGAGGUCCAAGUCGGAUGCCACCGUCUCCAUCAGCCUCAGCAGCAACCUGAAGCGCACGGCCAGCAACCCCAAGGUGGAGAGCGAGGAGGAGGAAUUCUCCUCGAGUACGGAAAGCCUGGAUAAGUCCCUGGCUCCCCCAGUCCGGCUGGCUCCGGAGCGGGAGUUCAUCAAGUCGCUGAUGGCCAUCGGGAAGCGCCUGGCCACGCUGCCCACCAAGGAGCAGAAGACGCAGCGCCUCAUCUCGGAGCUCUCCCUGCUCAACCACAAGCUGCCGGCGCGCGCCUGGCUGCCCACGGCCGCCUUCGAGCACCACGUGGUGCGCGUGCCGCACUCGCAGGCCGUGGUCCUCAACUCCAAGGACAAGGCUCCCUAUUUAAUCUACGUGGAAGUGCUGGAAUGUGACAAUUUCGACACGGCGAAUGUCCCCGCGCGCAUCCCGGAGAAUCGCAUCCGGAGCACGCGCUCGGCCGAGAACCUCCCGGAGUGCGGCAUGGGCCCGGAGCAGCGCGCCGGCAGCUUCAGCACCGUCCCCAACUACGACAACGACGACGAGGCCUGGUCCGUGGACGACAUCGUGGAGCUCCAGGUGGAGCUCCCGGAGAUGCACACCAACAGCUGCGACAACAUCUCCCAGUUCUCCGUGGAUUCCAUCACCAGCCAGGAGAGCCGGGAGCCCGUCUUCAUCGCUGCCGGAGACAUCCGGCGGCGGCUGUCGGAGCAGCUGGCUCACACCCCCACGUCCUUCCGGAGGGAUCCCGAGGAUCCGUCGGCCGUGGCCCUCAAGGAGCCCUGGCAGGAGAAAGUCAGGAGGAUCCGGGAAGCGUCUCCCUACGGACACCUCCCGUCCUGGCGCCUCCUCUCCGUCAUCGUCAAGUGCGGCGACGACCUCCGGCAGGAGCUGCUGGCGUUCCAGGUGCUCAAACAGCUCCAGUCCAUCUGGGAGCAGGAGCGCGUCCCGCUCUGGAUCAAGCCCUACAAGAUCCUGGUGAUCUCUGCGGACAGCGGCAUGAUCGAGCCCGUGCUUAGCGCCGUCUCCAUCCACCAGAUCAAGAAGCAGUCGCAGCUGUCGCUGCUGGAUUAUUUCCUGCAGGAGCACGGCAACUACAACUCGGAGUCCUUCCUGAGCGCCCAGAGGAACUUCGUGCGCAGCUGCGCGGGCUACAGCCUGGUGUGCUACCUGCUGCAGGUCAAGGACAGGCACAACGGGAACAUCCUGCUGGACGCCGACGGCCACAUCAUCCACAUCGACUUCGGCUUCAUCCUGUCCAGCUCCCCCCGGAACCUGGGCUUCGAAACCUCGGCCUUCAAGCUCACCACGGAAUUCGUGGACGUGAUGGGGGGGCCUGACGGGGACAUGUUCAACUACUACAAGAUGCUGAUGCUGCAGGGGCUGAUCGCGGCCCGCAAGCACAUGGACAGGGUGGUGCAGAUCGUGGAGAUCAUGCAGCAAGGCUCGCAGCUGCCGUGCUUCCACGGCUCCUCCACCAUCCGGCACCUCAAGGAGCGCUUCCACAUGAACCUGACGGAGGAGCAGCUGCAGCUGCUGGUGGAGCAGAUGGUGGACGGCUCCAUGAGAUCCAUCACCACCAAACUCUACGACGGCUUCCAGUACCUCACCAACGGCAUCAUGUGAAUGAAUUCCAGAGGAUUCCGGGAAAAAAAAAAAGAAAAAAUUCCCCGGGGGAGAAAAAAAAAAAAAUAAUUCCCAGGAAAAUUCCCCAUUU